AUGCCUAUUGAUCCAGAAAAAUUAGCCAAGUUGCAAAAGGCCUCUGCUAACAACAAAGUUGGUAUUGGUGCUCGUCGUAAGGCCAAGAAGUCAACUCCAGCUGAAGAUGACACCAAGGUCCAAGCUGCUUUGAAGAAAUUGAACCCACAAACCAUGGAUGGUGUUCAAGAAGUUAACUUCUUCAAGGAUGACGGUAACGUCUUGCACUUCAACCGUGCUUCCAUCCAAGCUUCUGCCCAAAACAACACUUACGCUGUUUACGGUAGACCACAAGAAAAGAACUUGACUGAAUUGUUGCCAGGUAUUUUGCCACAAUUGGGUUCUGAAAACUUGGAUGUCUUGAGACAAUUGGCCGAAACCAUCCAAAAGAACGGUGGUUUGGACGCUGCUAACGCUGCUCAAUUUGCUCAUGACCACGAACAUGACCAUGACCACGACCAUGAACACAAGGAAGAAGACAUUCCAGAAUUGGUUGCUGGUGAAAGUUUUGAAGACCAAGUUGAGUAA